AUGCGUUCCAACCGAUCCUCUUCCAAGUUUGACGGCUCUCCAGUCCCGGUCCGUGAAGGCUCCUCGGUCUCCCAGAUGGACGGAUCGUGCUUUGGCAAGCCUGUUGCCCCCGAUGCCAAGUAUACAGAUGAGCCUGCUGCCGGGUUAAGACCUCCUCUCCUUCCGUCCUUCUUGACCUUGACCGAAAGUGAAAUGAAGGACAAGUACGCUGAGCUCACCCGACUUGAAAACGAGCGUGUCGGGCUCAGCAAAACUGACCCCCAAUGGGCACGCCGUGAUCCUGAUCCACUCCUUGAUCGUUACAGCAACAUCCAUCCCUGGGCCGGCAAUCGCAUCAAGCUCCAUGUCCCUGAAGGAGUCAAUGACUACAUCAACGCCUCUCCAGUCUCCUUGGUCUCUACCUCCAACAAGCAGAGUGACUUGAAGGCCGGUGUCCAAGACAAGUACAUUUGUAUGCAAGGACCCAAGAAGCAAACCGUCGAUCACGUCUGGCACAUGGUUUGGCAUGAGCUUGCUGAGCCCUACACAUCAUCCCCUGGCGUUGUUAUCAUGCUUACUCCCACCCACGCCCCGUCGCCCAACGACCCAACCAGGAUGUUUGAGAAGUGCUAUGAGUAUUACCCCGUCGAUGAAAACUCACCUCCGCUGAUAAUCAAUGAAUCGGGUGAGCUUGGCAAGGAUUUCAAAGGCAUGGUACGAUUUGUGGAGCGACUGCCAGGUAUCGAGGGCACACCCAUCGAGAUCCGAAAGCUGAUCAUGACUAUCGAUGGCGAGGAUGGUGACGAGAAGCCAAUCUACCACUACUUGUACCCCAACUGGCCUGACUUCGGUGCACUUGCAGAGGAGAACGUUGAGAGUAUUCUGAACCUGAUGAAGAUUUCCCGAGAGACAAACGGUAGUGGGGAGAACGCUCGUCUCGUCCACUGCAGCGCUGGGGUCGGCCGAACCGGUACCUUUGUCGCUCUGGAAUUCCUUCUUGGAGAGCUCGAAGGGGGUGCAUGGGAGGGCUGGGAUGACUCGGAGCACGCUAUCCAAGAUCCAGUCUACGAGACCGUCAAUCAGCUACGCAUGCAACGAAGGAGUAUGGUUCAAGCUUUCGAACAAUACGCCUUUUUGUACGAGGUCUGCCGAAAGCGCUGGGAGGAGAAGUACAAUGUGCCGUGCAUUGGUGGUCAACAUACGCACAUGGCUCCAACCGCGAACGAAAUCUGUGUUAAUGGCAACGAUGAAGACGUUGAUAUGCGGCUCGGCCUAUCAGAGAAUGGGAGGGAAUACCCAGAUGCAGCCAUGCGUUUGCGUGGGGUACAUGCAUGGAAGAGUGUUCCUGGGAGUGUCACUGCUGUCGAAUGCCUACGAUCUGGAUUUUCGUUAGCGUUCAAUUUGCAUGGAUCUUGCUUGCCAGUGGCCACCUCCUGGGAGGAGGAGGAGAAGGAGAGAUUGGGGAAGCGCAGAAGAUAUAUGUCAUAUGUUUUACCGUGCAACUCCCCCCAAGAACAGUUCCUCAACCCGCGCGAGACUGCAAUCACUCACUCACCCACACCACGCAGCACGAAAAAGAGAGGCAAGGCAAAGAAAAAGCAAGCAAAUCCACGCUUCCCCAUGGCCGCGAAACCAGAGUUCAUCUUCGUCCCCGGUGCCUGGCACAGCCCGGAGUCCUUCGAGCCGACGACGGCCCUCCUCGCGCAAGCAGGCUACACAGUCCACGGCGUCACGCUGCCCAGCUUCGGCGCGCAGCCGCCCCUCCAGAACUUCGAGCCGGACGUCCAGGCCGUCCAGGACGUUGUUCACGAGGUGCUAUCCUCGGGCCGCGAUGCCGUGCUCGUCAUGCACUCCUACGGCGGCGUCGUCGGCUGCGAGAGCCUGCGAGAGUACGUGAGCGAAGCUGAGAGCGGGAACGGGGGCGGACAGCAGCAGCAGGUACGACGGGGAAGACUGCGCCGGCUCGUGUUUAUCAGUGCGUUUGCGAUGCCCGAGGGAGGAAGCUUGAUGGCGGGCUUCGGAGGACGGAAGCUCCCGUGGUUGGCGGUCGAUGGCGACGCGGUCCGCCCGACCGAUCCAAAGGAGAUCUUCUACAACGACCUCUCGCCGGAAGCAGCCGCGCCUCACAUCGCGGCCAUCAGGCACCAUUCCUACCGCACCUUCUUUUCGCGGCUCACCGUCGCACCGUGGAAGACGAUUCCGAGCACCUACGUGGUGUGCGAGAAGGACAAUGCCAUUCCGGUGCAGGGCCAGGAAAGCAUGAUUGCCGCCGCGAAGGAGGCCGCGCCAAGUGCGUUUGAUGUUGUGGUUCGGUGCGAGGCGGGACAUUUUCCAUUUCUGAGCGUGCCGGAAUGGCUCGCUGAGAGGUUGGUUGAGAGUGCGAAGUGA